GCAGAACAUGAGACAGGAACUGGCGGACAAGAGAAUUCUUCCUGACGAAAUGCUUCAAAAGAUCUUCAAGUUUGCGCGUGAAGAUGAAUACUUCCGCCAGCACGCGUUAUUUGACGAGUUUCCAAAAACGCUGGAGGAAUUUCGCUCCUGGCUUACAUCUCCAGGUCUGAUGGUGUCAGAGUUCCUAUUUCCUUCGAAAAACCGUUUUCACGACACGCCAGGUCCCAGGUCGGGGAACAUACUCGUCGCACCAACUAAACUCCCUUUCGUAGAUGGUACCGACCUGGAGGGGUGGCACGCGGAGGGCGG